UGUUGCGUUUCAUUCGCGUAGGUUCCUCCGUUCCGAUAGUCACAGACGGUACUGUGCCCAUAUCACUAUCGCGACAAUAUUUUUAUCACCAUAUGGCAGGCGAAGCGCUGGGCAGUGACAUGUCGCUUCGAUCGCGCUAAGCGGAGAGGAUCUAACCAGGUCGUCGUCGUCGUCAUCGUUUUAGGCUCCUUGCCACAGGGUCGUUGCAAACUUGUAACGGAUUACCUGUGACGGUACGUAUCGGAAAAACAGGCAUUACUCGUCGCCUGUUUUGGUGGUCCUCGACCCGGGCCUUCGCUGACCGGACAGCGUCGUGCCUGCUGUCUACAGUGCAAAUCUGUCGAAGCAUUGCACCGCAUUCUUUUGCAAGCAACAGCCAUUCUUUAGAAGUGAACUCAGUGUUCAUUGACUGCUGCAAUCGUCGUCUAAUCUCUUGCCGCAGGAAAACCCAACGCUAAAUAUGAGAACGGCCGCGGCUCUGAUUCUAGCCGCUCUUACAGUGGGUACUUAUAGCCAGAAUUCUACGCGAGAUUGCCUCGACUGCAUUUGUCAGGCAUCGACUAAAUGUAAAUUGGAUCAAGGGUGUCACAACGCUGGGCCAGAUGCUUACUUCUGUGGACCAUAUACGCUUUCCUACGCCUAUUGGGUGGAUGCUGGUAAACCUGGAGAAGCAAACAUUGACCACUUCGAAAAAUGCCUCAAGGACAAAAAGUGCUCUGAGUUGACGAUUGUUCAGUAUAUGAACAAAUGGGGAACGGAUUGCGACGGCGAUGGUCGAAUCACAUGUUAUGAUUAUGCGCGCAUUCACAAAGGUGGCCGCAAUGGCUGCCCUGCGAAAUGGGUCGACGACACCGACUAUUGGACAGGGUUUACCGAGUGCAUGGAAUUGAAAUCGAAACGGCAAUGAAGCUUGUCACGUCGCAUGCAGCUGACAGAAGAACACGGCAGCAAUGACAAUUACGACAAAAUAUAUGUAUAGUUUUUGCAGGAUACAUUGAGCCUUGUGUUCUGGUUCGCCAAUUUUAACAGUACAUCCGAUUGUCAGUUAAAAGAUGUAGACUGCUUUCUGUCUAUACAUACUCCAUACAUCUGGGUCAUUUUUACCUAACAGACGACCUGUUAAGAUCGAAGAAAGCUUCACUUUAUUAUAUUGGACGUUGCGCCAUUUUGAGGAAUGGAUUGGAAAAUAAGAAGAAAAUUGGCCUCAAACAUCGUUCGAAAUUUUGUGAUGAAUAUUAAUAAAAUGUAGUAAAAAAAAAGGAAUAUGCACGAUUGAGAGACGAUUAAUUGUCGGAAAUAAAAGUGACCUGGUUUUAUUUAACAAAUUA